AUGGCUGAUUAUAUUAAACAGGUCACUAUUACAGGUGAUCUAACUGAAAUCGGAGAAAAGGAUGAUCUAUUGAGAGCCUGGUGUAAAGAAGUAGCUAAGGAAAUUUGGGAGCAAAAAGCAGAAUUUGCUUGUGUUCACGUUCAAGGCCUGUUGAAUAGCCGAGAUCCAGAUUUCACUGCUCGUGUAGUUUUAGGAGGAAUUAUCGAUGAUCCCGAGAUUUACCGCCAGUUUGAAUCAUCAAGGGCCUUCUUUGACACACGUUUGACUGGCCUCGGGUCACUGUAUUUGUUCAAGAAUAGACAAGAUGUACAAUAUUUCGAUAGAUUCUCUAACGCAGGUUAUCAUGCUCUUGCACUUGGGCAUAAACAUGUCAUAGGAGAUACUGAAUGCGAAGGCUUUCUUCAAAAUACUUUCAAUCAGAAAUAUUCCUUUACCAGAGAUUUCUAUAGAGAUGAUGGUUCACGAGAUAUCCAGCAACAAAGAACUGGCUUCCUGUUGGCUCGUUUUAGAAUUUACUCCAAAGAAGUUACUUUUAUAAAUCUGAAUUUGCAUUCCGUACCGUUCGAAGACGUGAAUGAAAUUGUAGAGCAACCUCAAAUCACUAAGGCUGCUCAAACGAGGGAAAAACAAAUCGAUUUGCUACUCUCAGAACUGGAAGAAGAAGGACUAAAGAACGAUUCCAUAAUAGUAGCGGGAGCUUUCAAUUCGCAAUUACACGAAACGGAACUAUUGGACUACCUUGCUAAGACGCAAAGAGUAUCAACAGUAGCUCGGAAAGAUAAUCAGGGCAAUGUGGAAGCCAUCGAGCAUAUUGAUCGGCACGGAAGGAAUAUCACAACGGUACAGCGAAGUUGCUUCGAUCUUCAUUCUAUUCAUGAUUGGUUCUUCCGGCUUGGCAGAGGACAAAUGGUGAAAAGAUACAAUGGUGAACUCGCCGCAGUAGCUUUCAAAGGACAAUUGAAAGAAGAAAGCGUGUUCUUCCAGCCCUCACGAUCAUAUGAAUGGACAGAAAAAGAAAAGGAGGAGUUCAUGAGAAAGUUGUGCCCAGCUUGGGCUGAUAGGAUCCUUUAUAAUGAAACUAUGGAUCGCCUCUUCCGGCAUGAUUCAUUCUGUGCAUCAGGCUUGUAUUACGGACUCGUAGCAGAGAAUACAUUUGUCGGUCCUAACAAACCAGUGGCUUUCCAUGCAACUAUUUGUUUGAAACAAUAA